CUCACCCGCACAAUAACACCAGGCCACGUACACUGGCGCGGGCGCGGGCGCAAAGACCCACCACCACCCCCCUCGUCGGCUCCUCCUCCUCCGGUUGCCUCCGGCCUCACCUCCCUUGUCUCCGCUCGAGCUUCCCCGACGUCCACUCCCACGUGGCGCGACAGCCCGUCGCCAGAGGCCAUGGCAGCGGCUGAGGUGUAUUCGCCGGCCGCCGCGGCGGCGGCGCAGCAGCAGCAGCGAGGGAAGGCGGCGUCGCAGGCGUGGCGGGCGGUGGUGGGGUGGAUCGGCUUCCUCCUCCAGGUCCUGCUUCAGAUCCUCCGGGGCACGCCCUCCUGCGCCCAGCUCCUGUCCUUCGUCGGCUUCCGCUACCCACUCCUCUCUGCGCCGGCGGCCUCCGAGCCGUCGCCGGAGGUGGCCUUCAUGCCGCUCCGCUCCGAGAUCCCAGCCGACACGGCUCCUGCCCCGGCGCCUCCGCCUGAGCCCCUGGGCCGCCUCACGGUAGUACUUGACUUGGAUGAGACUUUAGUUUCUGCGUAUGAAUCAUCUAGUCUUCCUGCUAUAGUACGCACUCAAGCUGUUGAAGCAGGAUUACAUUGCUUUGACAUGGAGUGCAUAUCGUCUGAUAAGGAUGUUGAAGGAAAACAGAAGGUGAAUCAUGUGACUGUUUUCGAGCGUCCUGGUUUGCAUGAGUUCUUGCAGAGAACUAGCGAAUUUGCAGAUCUUAUCCUCUUUACAGCAGGUUUAGAAGGUUAUGCUAGACCUUUAGUUGACAGAAUAGAUGUUCACAAUAGAUUCAGACUCUGUCUCUAUCGCCCAUCGACUGUUACCACGGAAUACAGAGAACAUGUGAAAGAUCUUUCUUGCCUGUCAAAAGAUUUCUGCAGAAUUGUCAUUGUCGACAACAAUCCAUUCAGUUUCAUUCUGCAGCCUUUGAAUGGGAUACCUUGUGUUCCAUUUUCAGCUGGGCAACAUUCUGAUGAUCAGCUCAUGACGGUUAUAUUUCCACUUCUGAUGCAUCUUUCGCUCCAGAAAGAUGUCAGACCUGUAUUGCACGAAAGGUUUCAUAUGCCAGAAUGGUUCCAAAAGCAUGGGAUCCCCCAAACUAAUCAGGCAGUUUAAGUUUUGCUGUGGCCCUAUGGAAUUGUUUUGAUGAAGGCUCAAGUGCCUACCAUGCCAUAAGUCCCUUAGAGGCGAGCACCUGUACAUUUAUCUGUAUUCAUUUAGGGUUCCUGAUAAAAUUGAGUCAUUGUUCAUAUGGAGUUGCCACAUCCGAAGAUAAGAAAAUUGUAAUCUAGCAUAACAUCAGAUUUGUAUUUGUGUAGUGGAACAUUGUUGUAUUAAUUAAUUGUUGUAUAUCAGCUUUUGUUGUAAAAUUUGAUUGCUGACAGUUAAGAUGGUCAAAUGAACAGUUCAUGGAUAAACGA